AUGUCACCUCAACGAAGUGUGUUGAUAACUGGCUGUUCCGAUGGUGGACUAGGUGCUGCACUCGCCCUAGCCUUCCACGAAGCCGGCCUCAAAGUCUACGCAACAUCCCGAGAUCAAAGCAAGAUGAAGGGGCUUGCAUCUAAAGGAAUUGAAACCAUGACUCUGGACGUUCUAUUCGACGAAUCCAUCGCAGCAUGUGCGCGCCAGAUACCCAGUCUGGACAUUCUAGUCAACAACGCUGGAAUGGGAUACAGCAUGCCUAUCGCCGACAUAUCCAUCACCGAAGCGAAAAAGACCUUCGAUAUAAACGUCUGGUCCUACAUCGCAGUUACUCAAGCCUUCAUCCCUCUGCUGCGAGAGUCACCUGAAGCGAUGAUCGUAAACCAAACUUCCAUUUCGUCUGUCGUGACUAUUCCCUUCCAAUCGGUGUACAAUGCCUCCAAGGCUGCGAUGGUCAUGUUCUCCGACACAUUAAGAUUGGAGCUUGAGCCAUUCAAUAUCAAGGUUGUUGAUCUUCGAACCGGCAACGUUAGUUCAAAUCUGAAUGAUAAUGCCAAGUCGAAGAAACGUUCUUUGCCUGAGAAUUCCAUUUACGAACCUGCAAGACAAAUCCUGGAUCCGGUUCUUUCGUUGGAGAAUUGGUCGGAGACGGUUGAGUGGUCAGCGGAGCGCUGGGCAAAAGAGGUAACCGUGGAGCUUUUGAAAGGACCCCCAUAUGCCAUCUGGAAGGGAGAGAAUGCAUGGAAAGUACGAAUCUUGUCGCUGUUCCCGACUGGUUUAUUUGACGGAAUGAUCAAAAAACUUUCUAAAUUGGAUGUAGUAGCCCAGAUCUUGAGACAGUGA